UGCCUCUGCUGGCACUCGAGUCCUUUGUCCCUAAAAGCAAAAGCCCCCGCUGGAUUACCCGCCAUCCCCUCUCCACUUCUGACAUCACUCAUUCCUUACGUCAACUUUCACAGCUCGUCUAACCGCUCAACUUCUGCAAUGGGGCGCUGGUCACAUCUCGAUACGGACGAGGAGCGUCUGCCCCCGGGCAUGACAAGGGUGGGCUACGAUGCCGAUACUCAAAUCUACACAUACCGCGACACCGACGGCAGCAUCUGGGAGGGCGUACCGGGCUCACAAUACGGAACUUUGCAUCGCUCAAAAGUUGCGGAAGCCCCGCCUUUGCCAAGCGUCCACAUCCCCGACGACGUCGAAGGUGAAGAAAAGCCAUAUGUCCUGCACGAUCCCGACGACGACAGCAAUGAUGAGGACCUCGUGUCGACAACCUUAUCACAGCCCCAGAGAGCGAGACUGCGGGAGUCGCAUCUUGAUCAAACUGCGAGCAAGCCAUUGCCGAGAAUACCCAGCAACACAGGCAGCUACGGCACCGCGUCGGACGGCCGCUAUAAACGACUCGAAGAACGACGUCAACAACCCCGGACCCCGCAAAGAUCGGGGACGGUUUCCCGCCUCUACCGAUAUUUUGUCCGCGACUCACAAGAUACCCGUGCAGGAAGCAUGAGCAAGCAGCAAUUGGCUCGCGCCUCGACAGUUCGCGAAACGCCAGUGCACCCGAGACCAGGAACUAAUAGGCCUAGGAGAGCAACAACCUUCGAUGAGAUUUUGGAUCGGCAUUGAGUGUUGGAGGCGUGAUGCCAAGGAGGGAUUGAAUGUUUGCUAUUGCCCAUGAGCCUGGACACAAUGUUCGAGACUGUUUGGAGGAGUGUACCUGCACACGGCUCAUGACGACGUGACGAGUACCCUGUGGACCUUUUCUUUCUUUUUCCUGCACCUAGCCAAGUUCACUGCU